AUGUUGCUUCUACUCAUCAUUUUAUUAGCUAGUAAACCAAUUUUAAUGGUCAACAGAAACUCAGCAAAAUUUGAAGGACAACUUUACCACGAUCUACUCUACGGCUACAACAAAAUUCCCAGACCAGUUAGGAACAGUACAGAUGUUUUAACAGUAAAUUUGGGAGCAUCAUUAAUUCGAAUUAUUGAUGUGGACGAAAAAAAUCAAAUCCUAACCACAAACUUAUGGCUUGAAAUGCAAUGGAGCGACUCAAAAUUAACAUGGAAUCCGUCCAGAUAUGGUGGCAUCACAACACUACACAUUCCUAGCGAUCAGAUUUGGACCCCUGAUCUUGUACUAUACAAUAAUGCAGCUGGUGAUCCUGAUAUAACCAUUUUUACUGAUGCUCUUGUUGCGUAUGAUGGACGUGUUUUGUGGCAGCCACCAGCAAUUUACAAAUCAUUUUGCCCGAUCGAUGUAACUUGGUUUCCAUAUGACUCUCAACAGUGUGAGAUGAAAUUUGGUGCGUGGUCAUAUACUGGCUAUUAUGUGGAUUUAAAACAGCUUCCACUAGAUCAAAUAAUGAAUGAGACAGAUGUAAAUGGACAAGAUGUUGAAACAAUGCAAGUAGGAAUGGAUCUCAGUUUCUUUUAUGAAUCUGCAGAAUGGGACUUAUUAUCAUUGUCAUCAGCAAGACACUCAGUCCUUUACACAAGUUGCUGUGGUCCGGAAAAAUAUGUUGACAUUACAUAUUAUUUUGUCUUGCGUCGAAAAACACUCUUUUUCACUUGUAACCUUAUAAUGCCAUGUUUUUUAAUUUCGCUUCUUACUAUCAUUGUAUUCUACCUAUCUGACCACAAAAUAACAUUUUCAAUAUCAAUAUUGGUGACCUUAACUGUGUUCUUUCUGGUUUUGAUCGACAUUAUUCCUCCGACAUCACUUGUGAUACCAAUGUUUGGACGUUAUCUUAUUACAACAAUGAUACUAGUUUCUCUUUCUACAGUUGUUUCGGUUAUCACUGUAAAUUUGCGUUUUCGGAGUGGUUCAGCUUAUCGUAUGUCCCCUUGGAUUCGCAAGUUAUUUCUCCACUUUUUACCAAGAAUAUUGUGCAUGAAAUGCAACAUACGGAAACAAAAAAUUGCGUGUCCCAGGAAUGAACUAGUUGAUCCGAUCUCACUUGUACAAAAGAGAAAUUCAGUGAAUGAACUACAUUACUUUAGAGUUCUAGAAAAAAUCAGUUCACCUGAUAAAUCCAAUAUUCUGGCUUCUUAUCCGCUCUAUUCUCGUUAUUCUGACCAUCGCAGUAAAAUAAAUGUUGACAAUUUCUUUAUCAAGAAUGUAAUUUACAGAAAUGAUGACUGGAUGACUGACGAAUCAACUUCACACCAACAUCAAUACUGGAAUGGUUUUGUGAGAAAUAUAAAUUGUAAGCAAGACAUGGUUUCGAAACUAUUACGGCAGAUACGAUUUAUUGCCAGUCAUUUUCGGCAAAAUGAAGAAGAAACUGAGAUAUCCGAUGAAUGGAUUUUUGUAGCGAUGGUACUGGACCGAUUGUUUCUCCUAAUAUUUUCUGUCUUAAACGUUGGCACUUUCCUGAUACUUUUAGAAGCGCCAUCGCUGUAUGAUACAAGAUGGCCAAUGAAUAUUUCUCAAGCAACAAAACCUCUAGGACAAUUUCAGUUUGUCAACAACUAA